AUGUUCGGGGCAUUCCGCGUGACCUCGCCGCUGUCGAGCGGUCUGCUCUGGAAGAUUCCCUGGCGGCUGUCAAAGUUUCAGAAGCGGCGCCAGCGCCAGCGCCUCCGGGCCGUUGACGACGUCGUCGCGACGGUGGACGCGGCGCUCGCCAAGAAGGGUGUGACAGUUGCUGCGCUGGAGCGGUGGAAGGACGAAAUGCCGACCGAAGCGGAGAUGCUGCCGCGGGACAAGUACACCAUGUUCGACCGCAAGGAAAAGAAGUACCGCAAGGGCAUCCACAAACUGCCCAAGUGGACGAGAGUUUCACAGAGACUGAACCCGCCCGGUUACUAA